AUGUACCGUCAAACCCUCACAAGGGCAGUUCGUCCUGCAGUCCGAAGCUUCUCAACUACAUCUUCAGCCAUGGCCGGCGGCGACACUGGAGCUCCCAGAUCCACAGCACAAGGUGACGCCUUCACCAAACGCGAAAAGGCAAACGAAGACUACGCCAUCCGCAUGCGCGAGAAGGAGAAGCUCCUCGAGCUCCGCAAGAAGAUCGCAGAGCAGCACGACCACUUGAAGAAGCUCGAAGAACACAUCAAUGAGAUCUCAAAGUCCUCGGGCGGCGAGCAAAAGUAA